CCGAGCUUGCGACUCGUGGACAGGCGUCCUCGGCGCAGAGACCGGACUGCGAGACGUCGCCCAAGUGCCUUUCAUCUGAGAAGUUCAAGGCACUUGUAGAACUUCUGCCGCACAGGCCGUGGGUCUUGCAGCACAUUUGUAAGCAUGGCUGCCAUCCGGAAGAAACUGGUGAUUGUUGGUGAUGGAGGCUGUGGCAAGACUUGUUUGCUCACCGUCUUUAGCAAGGACCAGUUCCCAGAGGGGUAUGUACCCACAGUGUUUGAGAACUAUGUGGCAGAUAUCGAAGUUGAUGGAAAGCAGGUAGAGUUGGCUUUGUGGGAUACAGCUGGGCAGGAAGAUUAUGAUCGCUUGAGGCCUCUUUCCUAUCCGGACACUGAUGUUAUACUGAUGUGUUUCUCCAUUGACAGCCCUGAUAGUUUAGAAAAUAUCUCAGAAAAAUGGACCCUGGAAGUCAAGCACUUCUGUCCCAACGUGCCCAUCAUCCUGGUUGGGAACAAGAAGGAUCUUCGGAAUGGUGAGCACACAAGGCGGGAACGAGCCAAGAUGAAGCAGGAGUUGGUGAAACCUGAAGAAGGCAGAGAUAUGGCAAACAGGAUUGGCACUUUUGGGUACCUGGAGUGUUCAGCAAAGACCAAAGAUGGAGUGAGGGAGGUUUUUGAAAUGGCCAGGAGAGCUGCUCUGCAAGCCAGACGUGGGAAGAAAAAAUCUGGGUGCCUUGUCUUGUGAAACCCUGCUGCAAGCACAGCCCUCAUGUAGUUAAUUUUGAAGUGCUGUUUAUUAAUCUUAGUGUAUGAUUACUGGGCUUUUUCAUUUAUCUAUAAUUUACCUAAGAUUACAAAUCAGAAGUCAUCUUGCUACCAGUAUUUAGAUGCCAACCAUGAUUAUUAAUGAUGUCCAACCCACCUGACCACCCGGUUCCUUCUGACACCACUCUAACAGCCCUCCUCUGCUCUCGCACCUGACAUACCAGGUGCUAAUUCAAGGAAUUUCUUAACUUCUUGCUUCUUUCUAGAAAGAGAAACAGUUGGUAACUUUUGUGAAUUAGGCUGUAACUACUUUAUAACUAACAUGUCCUGCCUGUCAUCUGUCAGCUGCAAGGUACUCUAGUGAGUCCCUACUUCAGAGCUUUGCUCCUUAACAGAUUUUGUCAUAGCUCUGUGAUGGGCAUCCAGUUUUUUUUUGAAAAUGCUCAUCCAGAAAGGCCCAAGUCUAUGCAGCUGUGGCAGAGUUACAGUUCUGUGGUUUCAUGUUAGUUACCUUAUAGUUACUGUGUAAUUAGUGCCACUUAAUGUAUGUUACCAAAAAAUAAAUAUAUCUACCCCAGACUAGAUGUAGUAUUUUUUGUAUAAUUGGAUUUCCUAGUACUGAUAUUUGUCAUCCCUGCAGAAAGUGUAUUGGUUUUUUAAAAAAGAAAGUGUAUUUGAAAAUAAAGUCAGAUGGAAAAUUAAAAAAAAAAAAAA